AUGUAUACCGAAGAGAAGAUUGGGGACACAUCCCCCAGCUCAGGAUUGCUCGAUGCCCUGGAAAGGCCACAAAAAAUCCACAGAGUUGUCCAGGAAGCGAUUCUACUUGCGGGUGGUGCCGUUGCCAUUCUGCUCCAAGUCGCUGACCCUGGAGUUGCGCGAGGCGUUGACGACCACAGUAAUUUUGCAUACCGUCCUCUAGAUCGUCUUCGAACCACCAUGACCUACGUCUAUUGCGUUACCUUUGGGACGCGUGUUGAGAAAAAGGCUGUUAUAGAGAUGGUCCAUCGUGCCCAUGCACCGGUGAAUGGACCCGGAUAUUCUGCAGAUGAUCCUAAACUCCAACUAUGGGUCGCUGCAACACUGUAUGCAGUUGGGAUCGAGCUUUAUCAAGAGAUGUUUGGUGUUUUCGAAGAUGCCGACGCAGAGGCUAUAUACCGAGAAUAUUCAGUCCUUGCCCUUUCUCUGCGGGUUACUCCUGAUAUGUGGCCUCCAAACCAGAAAGAGUUCUGGAAGUACUGGGAUAACCAGAUUGCGACUAUGGACGUUACCGAUAAUGCGAAGAGUGUUGCCAAGGACCUUCUACGAAAUAAGGAGGCCCCACUUCAAAUCCGUCUCGUAUUACCACUCGUGCGUCUUACCGCUGCUCAAAUGCUGCCCGAUCGACUCCGGCAAGCCUAUGGCCUCAAGUCCAGCAAGAUCCGACGAGCCUCAUAUCGGUUGCUAAUGGGAUUUACCAAGGCAACCUAUCCAUGCCUCCCGAAGACCAUUCGCACUUAUCCGAUGAAAUACUACAUGCGAGACAUGCGGCGGCGACUUGAGAGUACGGCGUGA